UAAACAAACAUACCAAGGAAGAGAAGGAUGGCGCUUACAAUGUUUACACGCUCAGUAGUAGGGCUUCUCCUCACUGUUCUUGCCCAAAGGGUCUCUGUUGCACAAAACCACCAAGCUAUGAGGACAGAGGUGGUCGUCGGUGCAAACGGGCUUGCAGAGAGUGAAUUGAGUAAAGUGUCUGUUGACAGGGAACUUUUUGAUGGGGUGCCUGCUGAGACUAACGCAAGAAGCAAUAGGCUUGGAGGAAGAAAAGUUGCAGCCGGUAGUGUCCUGAUGAUGGGAAAGGAAUCUUCAGAGGGAAAGAGUCCAAAGAUUUCAGGAGGAGAUGAGAAUGUUUAUUCAAAGAAGUCCAUUGGAACACUGCUGCCAAGGAAGAUGAGUGAUAAGAAUGACAGAAGCAUGCCAAAGCCAAAGCCAAAGGCAUUGAAUUCUGACAGCAAGGAAAUUCAAGGGAGUGGACCAAUUAAGCUCCCAUACUCUGCUACCUGCAGCCAAUUCAUGAGGCCCCAAGGCUCUGAUGCUAUUUCAACUUGUGACAGCUUGAAAUGUUCAUCAAGGUCUAGAAGAUUAUUAGGCAUUCUAGAAUUCCAUAAUCCGUUUGAGAAGAGUGAAAACCAACAACUUCUUGAGGCCACUAACGAGAUGGUGAAUUUGCUGCAUAAGGAUUACAGAGCAAGCCCUCGUCGAAAGCCGCCAAUCAACAACAAUGUGCCUUUGAAACCAUAGCUGGUAGCUUAGGUUUAAGUACAAUUUUGUCCCCCCUCCCCCAAAAUUAAAGGAAUUAGGAAGAGAGAAGGCCCUCCCUUUUGAUCCAAUUUUUGAAGCCAAACAUCCAUCAUAUAGGGUAGGGUAGGAAGGAAAUAGUAGAAAAACUGUAAAUUGACAUGC